AUGUUCCGCCCAACCUUCCUCGGCCUCUCCCGGGCCAUCGCCCAGCCCGCGACGACCCUCACCGUCCGCGCCGCCGUCCUUCCCGCCUUCCAACCCCGAUUCUACUCCUCCUCCGCCGCCGCCGCAUCGCACCCAACACCAACGACACCAUCCCAGCAGCAGCAGCCCACCAUCUCCACGCCCACACAACCCACACCUAUCCAGACCCAGACCGCUGCGCCAACAGAAUCGUCGAAACCCGUCGCGAAGCCCUACCUAGUAGGCCGCGCCUGGACCCAGCGCCUGCCCGUCUACCACCUGGCCAAGCGCGGUGGUAACAAGAAGCUCACGCAGAUCAAGAAGGUGCAAGGUGAUGGCCAGGCCUUGCGCAGAGAUCUUGCGCAGUUCUUGGGGCUGGAGGAGAAGCUGGUGCGGGUGAAGGUGCCGACGGGACAUUUGGAGGUUGAUGGACACCGCAGAGAGGAGGUCGUCAAGUUCCUGAACGGCUUGGGCUUCUAA